AUCAUGCCAGACCCGCCACAUGCAUUCUACCAGAGCCAGCAGCUGGCCCGGCUAUGCUCAAGCGUCAGGCGUCAGGCCAACAGUGGAGGCUAUGGAAAAAGCCGCUAAGUGGGUGCACGUUGUCUGUGGAAUGGCGAUAGACUUUGCCAUGGGACCAGAUAAUCCGCUUUCGUUGGGCUGUUGCAGGUAGCAUUUAAGUUCUAGCUACUUAGCGUGGGGACUGCCAGCCUAGUUGGGCUCAGAGUGACCUAUAUACCGAGUACCUGCACUUGGACUUUUUUCGGCGACGGUGGUUUGUCCAUCACUCUACCUGAAAGAUUAAUAUUACCAUCGCUGGCAUCUCUGCUCCCAGAACUAUUUAUUCGAUCUUCUCCAAUCCGAAAACUACGCAACACCGUUGCUUGAGGUGUCUAGGUCACUUGCGCGUGUCAUGAACACUGGAGCGUGAUGCGCCCCGAGUGAUCCGAGCCAUAGCGCAGACACCGCCGGCUCUGCCGCGGCGGCCUUCCUACGAAGGAAAGUCCGGGAGCGACGGACGCUAUAUAUUUCAGGCGCCAUAUCCCUUCAGUUCUUCUCAUUUCUUGGCCCUCAAUAGCCAAAUUUCUUAUUGUACCGGUUUUUAAUACUGGUUUACCGUUAUGUCGCCAGGCGGUGGUGGGUCAACGCCGCCCGCGCCAACACCCAAGGGGCACACGACCGAGGCCGAGCGUCAACCUUUACUUGCCCACAACCUACAUCACCUUGACUACACCGACCUUCGCCGAAAUCUUGUCGAACGACCAUCAAUAGCCUCCUUAGACGCCGAGGAAUCUCUACUAGAAAGCCCAGUUCUGUCACGAUCUGAAUUUCUGGAGAAAUUUGCACCUGUAGACCCUCAGCACAAGAAGUUCUCCAGGCGCAGGAUGAUUGUCCUCGUUUUGGGGCUCUGCUUUGUCGCCUUUGUAUAUUAUGUGUGGCGCAGGGAGCUAUAUCUCGAAAGCCCUUGGUUGCCCGAUUUUGAAAGCAUCGAAUUCAGCAAGAAGCCGUUACCCGAGCCGUUGCGGCGACACCUCGUCUCAGAAUAUAGCCUUCCGCUCCGAACCAAGGGCCGCGAUGUCGUGGAUGCCGCCGGCAAGCGAUUCAAACUGCACUCUGUGAACUGGUACGGUGCCAGCGAUGAACUGUUUGUCCCUGGCGGGCUCGAUAUCCAAAACAGAACCACAAUUGCGAAAACUAUCAAACGACUGGGAUUCAACAGUGUGCGAAUGCCGUACGCCGACGAACUUGUCACGACCAACCCGAUCAUCAGCGACCAUCUUGUCAAAGCAAAUCCAGAUCUUGCUGGGCUGCGCGCCUUGGAUGUCCUCGAAGCCUCUGUUACAGCGCUUACCGACGAAGGCAUAACUGUCAUUAUGAAUAACCACAUCACCGCUGCGACCUGGUGCUGUGGUGCCAACCCGUGCGAUGCUGGCUGGUCUAACGAUCACCUAGGCAGUAUAUGUCCUAUACGACAGACCGAGGAAGACUGGAUUAGGAACUGGGAGACAGUUAUGGUCCGAUAUAUACAUAAUCCGCUUGUGAUUGGCGCCGACUUGCGCAAUGAAGUGCGCGGCCUAUGGGGAACCAUGCCCUGGAAGAAAUGGGCCGCUGCGGCCGAGAAAUGUGGAAACCGACUACUGAAAAUGAAUCCUGACUGGCUGAUCAUAGUUGAGGGCACAGAGUCAGCCAACGACUUGACGGGUGUUGCGAAGCGUCCAGUUCAGUUGGACGUGGACCAUCGACUUGUUUAUUCAGCGCAUGUAUACCAGUGGUCUGGAUGGGGUAGCAAGGAUGGGAGAUUUGGACAGCGCAACUACGAGUCGUUUAAAAGGACGAUGCGUGAGAACUGGGGCUACAUCUUGGAGCAAGACAUCGCACCUGUGUGGGUUGGCGAGCUUGGCGCUCCUCAUCGACCAAGUGUGAUGGACCAUACUUAUUGGAAACACUUAUGGCGCUAUCUGAAGUCUAUAGAUGCGGAUUUUGGAUAUUGGGCCAUAAACCCUCGGAAACCGAGUGGCAACGCUUACGAGUCUUAUUCUCUUGUCAGCGAUGACUGGGUUACGCCUGUUUUGGACUACCGGAUGAAAGAUAUGCAAGAUUUGAUACGACUCGAACAGCAAAACUAGACCUACCUGCAGCGAUCGAUUUAGGAUUCUGAAUUUGGAGUUUAUGAGUCAUUCUGUUACAAUAGUACUUGGGAGAUCUUGGGACACUCGGUGUUUGUUUUUUACCACAUCUUUGGGCAUCAUGGCCACGGUUACUUGCUUCUAUUCAUUCAUACACCCAGACUAUAUGUAUAUAUUAGAUACACCUAGAUAUCCCUUAUUUGGUCACAUGUUUUGUAAAUACAGUUAAGAAUGAAGUGCUCUUUAUCCUCGCCACUCGGUGUGAAGGCUACACUGUGGCUGCGAUGGCCC